ACCCAGUAGGAGAUCGUAACACAUGCGGGAAUUGAAUUGAAUUCCCCGUCUCCCUCUUCCCCUCUGUCAUUUGAAAGCUGCAGACAAAGCUCACUAACGCAUACCUCUCUUCUUCUUCUUCAAUGGCUACACUUUUUCUAAUCUUCUUUCUAUCUUUUAUUUCUUCUUCGUCUUCUUCUUCUACAAAUGACCUGCCCAGAACCUUCAUUGUCAAAGUUCAGUAUGAUGCCAAGCCUGCUAUUUUCACUCUCCACAAGCACUGGUACGACUCUUUCCUUUCCUCCCUCUCCUCCUCCGAAACCACGUCUUCUUCUUCGCUUCCUGCUGAUUCCCGCGUUAUCCAUGCUUACGACACUGUUUUCCAUGGCUUUUCUGCCAAGCUUUCUCCCACUGAGGCGCUUAAGCUCCAGACCCUCCCCCAUGUCAUUGCCGUUAUCCCUGAACGUGUCAGGCACGUGCAAACCACGCGCUCCCCUGAGUUUCUUGGCCUCAAGACAACCAAUAGUGCUGGGCUGCUUAAAGAAUCAGACUUUGGAUCGGAUCUCGUCAUUGGGGUUAUCGACACAGGAAUCUGGCCGGAGCGCCAAAGCUUCAACGACAGGGACUUGGGUCCUGUUCCAGCAAAAUGGAAAGGGCUGUGUAUGAGUGGUAAAGACUUUAGUCCAGCUUCUUGUAACAGAAAGCUUAUAGGAGCUCGCUUCUUCUGCAACGGCUACGAGGCCACCAACGGCAAGAUGAACGAGUCGAUGGAGUACCGAUCUCCGCGGGACUCCGAUGGCCAUGGAACCCACACUGCUUCCAUAGCCGCCGGUCGUUACGUGUUCCCUGCUUCGACUCUCGGCUACGCCAAGGGUGUUGCUGCAGGGAUGGCACCGAAAGCUCGGCUUGCCGUUUACAAAGUAUGCUGGAUUGCUGGAUGUUACGACUCCGAUAUUCUCGCAGCCUUUGAUGCUGCUGUAAAUGAUGGAGUCGAUGUUAUUUCGCUGAGUGUGGGUGGCGUUGUAGUUCCCUAUUAUUUGGAUGCAAUUGCUAUUGGUGCAUUCGGAGCUGUAGAUCGCGGUGUCUUUGUCUCUGCCUCUGCUGGUAAUGGCGGCCCUGGUGGACUUACAGUCACCAACGUUGCUCCAUGGGUUGCCACCGUUGGUGCUGGAACUCUUGACAGGGAUUUUCCAGCUGAUGUGAAGCUUGGAAAUGGAAAGGUGAUUCCUGGUGUGAGUGUUUAUGGCGGGCCAGGUUUGGCUCCAGGGAAGAUGUAUCCUCUCAUUUACGCCGGUAGUGAAGGAACUGGAGAUGGUUACUCAAGUUCUUUAUGUUUGGAGGGUUCUCUAGAUCCCAAGCUUGUUAAAGACAAAAUUGUAUUGUGUGAUAGAGGGAUCAAUUCCAGAGCUGCCAAGGGUGAUGUUGUGAAGAAAGCAGGGGGUGCAGGAAUGAUCUUAGCUAAUGGGGUUUUUGAUGGUGAAGGUUUGGUUGCCGAUUGCCAUGUGUUGCCUGCUACUUCAGUGGGUGCAUCUGCCGGUGACGAGAUUAGAAGGUAUAUUUCUAAGGCGUCUAAAUCAAAGUCACCACCUACUGCUACUAUCGUUUUUAAGGGCACGAGACUCGGUGUUAGGCCAGCACCAGUUGUUGCUUCAUUUUCGGCUAGAGGUCCUAAUCCUGAGUCUCCUGAAAUUUUGAAACCUGAUGUUAUUGCUCCUGGUUUGAACAUUCUUGCUGCUUGGCCUGAUAAAGUUGGGCCAUCUGGUGUUCCUACUGAUAACAGAAGAACUGAGUUUAACAUUCUUUCUGGUACUUCUAUGGCUUGUCCACAUGUUUCUGGGUUAGCCGCCUUGUUAAAGGCUGCACACCCAGAUUGGAGUCCAGCAGCAAUAAAAUCAGCAUUGAUGACAACUGCUUAUACAGUUGAUAAUCGCGGAGAAAUAAUGCUUGAUGAAUCCACAGGGAAUACUUCAACUGUGAUGGAUUUUGGUGCUGGUCAUGUUCAUCCACAGAAGGCUAUUGAUCCUGGGUUAAUCUAUGAUAUGUCAACAUUUGAUUAUGUGGAUUUUCUAUGCAAUUCAAAUUACACAGUUAACAACAUCCAAAUUGUGACAAGGAAGACUGCAGAUUGCAGUGGAGCAAAAAGGGCAGGCCAUGCAGGGAACUUGAACUACCCUUCAAUGUCUGCUGUGUUUCAACAAUAUGGGGAGCAUAAUAUGUCCACUCAUUUUAUUAGGACAGUGACUAAUGUUGGGGAUCCAAAUUCUGUGUACAAAGUUACAAUUAAUCCACCCAGUGGGAUUCUGGUGACAGUGCAACCAGAGAAGCUUGUGUUCAGAAGGGUGGGACAGAAAUUGAGCUUCCUUGUUAGAGCAGAAACCAUGGCAGUGAAGCUUCCACCUGGGGGCUCAAGCCAGAAGAGUGGUUCUAUAAUUUGGUCAGAUGGGAAGCGCACUGUCUCCAGCCCUUUAGUCGUGACAUUGCAGCAACCUCUUUAGGUUAGGAAUUUUUUGCUGUAUUUUCUAUUAUAGGUUUUUAUAUAUUAUCUGUUUAUGUAUAAAGGGAAUGCAUGAGGCGUUUUCUAUAUCAGAAAGCGAAUGGAGUUGGGAUUUCUAUGCAGAUUGAAUUAAUGUACAAUUUCCUAGCAAUAGAAUCUUCAACUAAUUCCAA